UUGAUGGUGUACAUGAGGGAUUGCUCAUUGGAAUGCUCGUAAUAGCUUGACAAACCGACAUGGUUUGCCACCAUUUUUUCACGGUUACAACUUGCAACUAUAUUUCCCUCUCUUCUCUUUAACGAACUUUAUAAAUACCACUGCCACUCAACUGGAAAUAACAACGCUUCUGCACACAAAUCUUUUUCCUUCUCUCUCUCUCAGAGUGAAAAAUGUCAGAAGAAAGUGAAGGAUCUCCAAUGCAAGAAGAAGAAGUUCCGAACGUCCCAGAGAAUCCUACUUCUAUUCCUCCUGAUGCAUCCCAUGCAGAGAAAAUAGAGGAUGAAGAAGACGAAUAUAUGGACCUUAUGGCCGUUUCACCUUCUCCAGAGUCACCAUCCAAACGUCCAUUCCAUGAUUCUGAUGAAGAAAACACUCAGAGAAUGGAGAAAAGGCUGAAGACAAAGGUCCCUGAAGAUGACACUCCUCCAAGAACGUUUCUUGAGAUGGUGCUGACAGAUGUCGAUCAUGAGAUUGGAUUCUUGACUAGCAUUGUUAAUUUCCACGAAAAGUAUAUGUUAUACCCAUAUUUUGAUUCCGUUUCUUUGGAACAUUUCAUCAAGAAUUGGCUUCAAAUCGAAACCAGUAAUCAGCAACUGCUUGAAGUAAUAGUGAAGCUGCGAAAGAAAUACAUGAAUGCUAAUACCAAGAUGGGUGCAAGUGGGAAUUUUUCUGAUGCUCGUGAUCAGAUGGCAUUCAAUUUUGCAGACAAGUUAUGGAGUAAUGAAAAAGAAGAAGAUUGGAGGUUUCUGAAAAUGGGGAUUAUUGCACCAGUACCACAUGGACCUGAUGAUGAAGAACCUGAUUCUGCAGGUGGAGAUCCCGGAUGCAGUUAAGCCAUUGUCAAUUUGUCAUCGAUCUUUCACCAAGUUAAUAAUGAUUCAAGGGUGUUUAGUAUUAGUUCAUAGUGAUUCAAUCCCACACAGACAAGGCCUAAUUGUCCAUUUUUAAUAGCUUAGUGCAUGGUGUUCUUUAAUGGAAUUUGAUAUGACUUUUGAGCUCAAUAUAUGUAGUAGGUAGUAUGGUUGAGGAAAUUUUUGGUUACCAAUAUCAUACAUCUCUUCUUUAGUAUGGCUGAGAUACAUAUUUUUGUACCUAGAGGAAAUCUAGUUGAUGUAUUUUUUGUUUUGGGAAAUCCUCCUAGUGUACAUGGUGACUAAUUUGAUUCUGCUUUGAAUAUAAAAUCAUUUGUUCUA